CCCUCGAGAUCUUAAAUUAAAAAAAAUUUUAAGUCCCAAAAGCCAACGCCAAACAAACAACCAGACCACAAUAUCAAAUCUCCCCCAGUGUCUUGUGUUCUUCUUCUACUGUCCUUCGGAACCAAACAAAAGUACACUAAGAAUCAUUAGCCAUGUUUGAGGAAUCUGUAUCUGCUAUACCUUCCAUAUGGGCUUCCAUGAAUAGCUGGUUCACACCCACUGUUCUCUUUGUUCUCCUCAAUCUCAUGAUUGGCACCAUUGCCAUUACUUCAAGCUUCGGAACUCAAAAACAGAGUGACCAACAACACCAGCAGCAGCAGCAGCAGCCGCAGCCACAACAACUAGCUAGAUCUCCAUCUGUUCUACAGAGACUCAAGUCCAUCAAUUUGUAUUCUUACAGAUCCCCAGAAUCCACAACUCGUACCUUCCAUAAUCAAACCCAUCAAGAAACUGAAACCCAUUUUGCCUUUCCAGAAACACCACCGCAGCCUCAGCUCACCGGAUCUCCUUCUGUUUUGGAGAGACUCAGGUCCAUUAACCUCUAUAACUAUAUAUCCCAAGAAACCUUAAAUCCCCUGCACGAAACCCGAGAGACAGAGUCACAUUUUCAAGAACAACAAGAAGAACAUACCCCAGAAGUAGAACAACGGGAGGAGGAAGAAGAAGAAGAAGAGAAGGAGGAAAUCCAAGAUGAAGAGCAGACCUUUGACGAGAUAUACAGCAAGCUGAAGGGGCACAGGACUUAUUCAGACACCAAGCCGGCUUCGGGGGAGAUACCCACAAAAUUGCCCAAAAAGAUGAAGAAAUCGGCGAGUGCCAAGUCGGCGUUUGCGCAUUUCGAGGAAGAGGACAUCGUGGAGGCUCGUCGUCCGGCUACUGUGAGGGAACGGAAGCCCAAAGUUACAGAGGUGGACGAUGAGGUGGAUGCCAAAGCUGAUGAUUUCAUCAACAAAUUCAAGCAGCAGCUGAAGCUGCAGAGAAUUGAUUCCAUUAUCAGGUACAAGGAGAUGGUUGGUAGAGACACUGGAAAGUAAAGAUGCUGCCUUUACAUUCUGGGUUGGAUUUUUAAUUUGUGUUUUCAAUUUUUAUGGGGAAGUUUGAUUCAUCUCAAAAGGGCCUGUUAUUGGGUUUUAGAUCCAAUUACUGAUCUUUGAACUAAUUGUCCAAAGAUCAGUCAGAAAUGCUCAAAUAUCAUAUGCUGUUCUUCAAGGUCCGCCUCAAAGCUCUUGUUUUGGUUGUGCUAAUCUUCUGCCCAGUUAUGUUGAUGGUUGAACUGGGAAAUUGGAGUGAAGUGGGUGGGUAGUUUGGUCAAAUCAUGUUCGCUGUGUGUCUACAUCAUUGUUGUCCAUAUAUGCAGGGGUUUGGUUGUGCUGCAUGUGGGUGAUAGUCUAAUGGUUGGUUGCAUUCACUGGUUAGUUUAACUGGUAAUAGCUUAUCAAGUUUAUGGUGGACGGAUCUUUCCAUCGUCCACCAUACGUCGUCGUUUUGAGAGUUAUUAUGGUCAUAGAGAAAUAUGGGAUGUACUAAAACCUCUACGUAUAGUUUAAUAGUUGUGUAUGUGUGGAGUGUGGUGGGUUAGACGAAAUUCUGAAAUAGUAUGACUUGUAACUUGUAAGACUCAAUUUCGUUGAAUUGCCAUAUGGGUAUGCUCCAUUCUUUUCUAUGGAAGUGAUGCUUCGAGGAU